AUGAAUGCUGUCUGUGGGAAAAGCUUUACAUCCGAUGAUUUGCGAGUAAAAUACAGCUUCAUUUACUCGAUUCUGAUGAGCGAAAGAUGGCACGAACUAAGUCUUUUGAAGCGCGUAAACACAGUUUUGAUUAUAGAAGGUGAGGAUCUCUCUUAUGCGAACUAAUUAAAGUUAUAAUUCACGUAAGCUAAAGUCAGUUUGAACUGACUAUUUGCUAAAAUACCUGAAGUGCAUGACUGACAAUUUUGAUCACAAAAUUACAGAGCUGGGUCCCAUCCACAUAAGCUUAUAAUGAACAUUUUUAGCAUUGGUAGGCUGCAUCAACUAUCAAUAUUAUAAAUAACAGUCAACCUGUUAGAAUUCUUCCAGUAUAAAUUUGUGUAAAUAUUUACUUUAUUGAAAAAGUAAAGAUCACAAUCUUCUCAUUCAAAACUAAGCUUGAGUGUUGGUACCUGAUGCAAAGUAUCUUUGGUCUUUAGUUGGUAAGCCUUAGAGAUCUGUACUUAGGAAAGUGCUGGAGAUGUAGGUAGGAGAGGAAAGUAAAAUGAAGGACGCUUUUUGGUUUCCCCAGACAACUGGUUGUUGCCCGGAACCAAUGAAAACCAGAUUUUAUCUGUGAUUAUUAGCAAUAAUAAUAAUAAUAAUAAUAAUAAUAAUAAUAUUUGACACCAUUUCUUGAUAUGCAAUUUAAAUAAGGAAACCUAAAUAUAGAAAAUCUAAUAAUAAUUGUAAUAAUAAAGUUUUAUUGAGUGUCAAACCAUGUAGUGUGGGAGAAACCCAUACUAACUUAAGGGACACAGGCUAAUGUAAAAUACAAAACUUAGACAAGUAAUGACAUUUCCCACGGCAAAACUCCAAGUCAUUUGUUAGAAACAUGUAUCGUUUCAUGUUAGCUUUAAAUCUCCACUUGGGGAGAAUACUCUAAUUUUACUUUUUUUCUUACCAUUUUUAAUCCAGCUUCAGGAGCGACUGAACAAGCUUGGUGUUUGUCUCUCCCAUGGAAGACGGGAUAUCCUAUUGAAACUUCUUGGAGGGCACUUUGCAGACAUAGUUGUUCAGAAAGUAAAAGGUGGUUCUGUUUUCCGUGGCACAGGAGAUAACUGGGACUUGAAAGUCCUAAAGGGCCAUAUGAGAAAGGAUGUGCAGAAUGAAGAUCUUCAUUUCUUUGCAUCCAACCUUAUUGAAAACCGGGUCAACUUUUCACACUUGCCUAAUGUGCAUCCUAAGGGGGACAUUGUAAAUUUUCCACGCCACCCUUUCUCAUUAAAUGUUGAUGAGUGGAAAGUGUACAUAAACUGUGCAAAGAUUCUCACAGGAAGGAUAAUUAUUGAAUUCUUUCCAAAGUUUAAGUGGCUUAAGUCAGUCAUCCCUGCACAUAUUCCUCAUAUUUACAGUGGAGAAAUGGCUCAAAAAUCCACCAUCAUGAGCCUGCCCCUUCUGAAUGCCAAUGAAGCUAAAUAUGAAGAUUGUGUCCGCAUUUUGAGAUCUUACGAGCAGUGGAUUUCAGAGAGUUAUGUCAAAGCGGGCUUACUUGAUGAAGUACCUCAUGUUGACAACCCUGAAGUACCAGAGGGAUCAGCUGCACCUGGCCAAACAAACGCUCACAAGGAGGAUACCCCUGAUGAUCCUAUGAGGGAAAUGAAGAUAGUUUUUGCUGGUGACCAGUUGACCAGGGUUAGAUUCGCUGGUGCUAAAGAUUUGCUCUCAGGCUCCCACACUCCAUCAGAUCGUUUUGAGCAUUGUUCCCAAUUCAAGCCAGUCAUGUGGCACACAAAAGCAUCAUUGCUACAGUACUCAUAUUCAUUCCCCUACAAGGCAGAACCGGUCAACCAAAUUGGAACUCUAAAAUACUUUAGAGAAAAAUUUAAUCGCCGGAAUGCCACCCCAGCCAAAGUACUGGAUUCAUUUGAAGGAAGUGAGGAACUAUUUCUCAGUGUUGGUUGA